AUGUUUGAACUAGUAUUACUGCAAGAUGUGGCGGGAAUCUGUAAUUUAUAUGCUGCUUUCUUCUGCAGAUGGAAUAGCCAAAGCAGCCCUUUUGUCUUUUCAAUUCAAGGUAUUCAGGAGGGGACUCAAUGUACCAAAUGUAAAAAUAACUGGGCACUGAAGUUCUCCAUCAUAUUACUAUAUAUUUUGUGUGCCUUGCUAACAAUAACAGUAGCCAUUCUGGGAUACAAAGUUGUAGAAAAAAUGGACAACGUUACAGGUGGCAUGGAGACAUCCCACAGAAGAUACACUGAGAAACUCACAGAAGUGGAGAGUGGUCUGAAGAAAUUAGAUGACCAAACUGGACAAAAAGAUAUGAGCACUAACAAAGAACUUUCUAGCUUCAGAUCUGACAUUCUGGCUCUUCGCCAGCAGCUUCAGGAGAUUGCAGAGAAAACCACCAAAAACAAGGAUACACUGGAGAAGCUACAAGAUUCUGGAAAUGUAUUAGAUGACAGGCAGAGCCAAAUGAAAGGUGUCUUGGAUAGCAACUCUUUCAUGAUCAUCAGCGUCAAUAAAACUCUCCAAGCAUACACUGGCUAUAUCAACAAUCUCCAACAAGACACAAGUAAUAUCCAAACAAAUUUGCAAAGCCAAAUGCAUUCUCAUAAUGUGGUCAUCAUGAAUCUAAACAACUUAAAUCUGACACAAGUUCAGCAAAGAAAUCUUAUCAGUGUUUUGCAGAGGUCUGUGGAUGAUACAAGUCAGGCUAUCCAAAGAAUCAAGAAUGACUUUCAAAAUCUGCAACAGGUUGUCCUUCAAGCACGAAAGGACACUGAUUGGCUUAAGGAGAAAGUGCAAAAUUUACAGAUGUUAGCAGUCAACAACUCAGCAUUGGCCAAAGCUAAUAAUGAUACACUUGAAGACAUGAACAGUCAACUUAGCUCAUUCAGUGGGCAAAUGGAGAACAUCACCACAGUUGCACAAGCCAAUGAACAAAAUCUUAAGGAUCUGCAGGAGCAUCAUAAAGAUUAUGAGAACAGAACUUCUGCCAAGUUUAACCAGCUAGAAGAGCGCUUCCAGCUCUUUGAGACAGAUAUAGUCAAUAUCAUUAGCAACAUCAGCUAUACUGCGCAUCAUCUGCGGACACUGACUAGCAAUCUCAAUGAGGUCAGGACAACUUGUACAGACACCUUAAGUAAACACACAGAUGACCUGACUUUUAUGAACAACACGCUAGCCAAUAUUCGUUUAGAUUCUACAUCUCUCAGGAUGCAACAGGAUGUGAUGAGAUCAAGAUUAGAUAUUGAAGUUGCAAAUUUAUCACUAAUUAUGGAAGAAAUGAAGCUGGUAGAUUCCAAACAUGGUCAGCUCAUCAAGAACUUCACAAUACUGCAAGGCCCUCCAGGUCCAAGGGGACCUAAAGGUGAGAGGGGACCCCAAGGGCCUUUUGGUCUCACUGGCCUAAAAGGGCAAAAAGGAGAAAAAGGUGAGCCGGGGCCACCAGGACCUGCCGGUGAAAAGGGCCCAGUUGGGCCAAUCGGGCCACCAGGAGAAAAAGGUGGGAAAGGUUCAAGAGGAUCACCUGGCUCCAAAGGUCAGAGAGGUUCUACUGGCAAGACUGGUCUGCCAGGACCUAAUGGAGACCCUGGACCACCAGGACUACCUGGCAAAGAUGGUCCUCCAGGUCCACCAGGUCCACCUGGAUUUCAAGGAUUGCAAGGAACUGUUGGAGAGCCUGGGGUACCUGGACCUCGAGGAUUGCCUGGUCUGCCUGGCAUACCAGGGCCACCUGGGCCACCUGGGCCACCUGGGCCACCAGGUCCAGGGAUGCCUAUGGCCCUGAAAAGUGAGCCAACAUCAAUACCUGAGGCUAAUGGUUGCUCUGCUCGCUGGAAGAACUUUACAGAAAAAUGCUACUACUUUUCAUCUGAAAGAGAAAUUUUUGAAGAUGCAAAAGUUUUCUGUGACGAGAAGUCCUCACAUCUGGUUAUCAUAAACAACAAAGAGGAGCAGCAAUGGAUAAAAAGACAGAUUGCUGGGAAAGGCAACUUCUGGAUUGGGCUCACAGAUUCAGAGCAAGAGAAUGCGUGGAGAUGGCUGGAUGGAACCUUACCAGAGUACACAAACUGGAAAAGUGGGCAGCCUGAUAACUGGAGUACUGGGCAAGGGCCAGGGGAAGAUUGUGCUGGAUUAAUCUCUGCUGGGCUCUGGAAUGACUUUCAAUGUGAAGAUGUUAACAGUUUUAUUUGUGAAAAAGACAUGGACAAAGGAACCAAUAUUUUUCUGUCUCAGUGA